UUUGCACCUCCGCUCCUUGUCCACUUUUCUUCUUGGCUUUCCCUUCUGCCCGUUUGUUCCCCCAUUCCGAAUCGCAUCUCGCGGCGGCCGGCGAUCCCCCCAGAAGCGAAGAUCUAUCGGGGUUGCGCCAGCGCCACCGCCGACGGAAGCUCCAGCGCGCGCGGCCGCACCACCGUGACGCGCCUCUUUCGCCGCGCCUUCGAUCAUAUUUCGGUAGGGGGGAUCGAGCGGGGCUGGUUCGCAGGAGAAGGGAUAGGAGAGGAUGAUACUGCUCCAAUCCCCAUCCAGGUUCCUACUCCAGAUCCUGAAGGAUCGCGUCGUCAGCGGCGACAAGGGCGUGGACAUCGAUUGCCACACGGUGGAGUUCGACGAUGUGCGGUAUCAUAUCCAGUUUUCAAUGAGGAAUCCAAAGGUAAUGGUGCUAUCAGUGGCAUUGCCCCUCGCACCUCCUGAGGCUAUUCUGCACGACGGGCUUCCUCUUGGUGCCAUUGAUGCUAUAAAGGCGGCUUAUGGGGCAGUGGUUCAAAUUCUUGAUCCUCCAAAGGACUGCUUUGAUCUCACAAUGAAGAUAAACUUAACAAAGCUUCCGACAGAUGAAGAGCAGCGGAAUGUUGUCUUGACACAAAUUGCAUCUGUGAGAGAGGUUGUGCUGGGUGCACCGCUGAAGCUUCUGCUCAGGCAUCUAGCUUCAAAGACAGUGGCUCCUAACGUGGAUAAGCUGGUUGCCCUUGUUCACCGUCCUAAUGAAUCGUUCUUCCUUGUUCCCCAGGCAGACAAAGUUACAGUUGUAUACCCAAUGAGGUUCCAGGAUUCGAUUGAUAUUGUCUUAGCAACUUCGUUUUUGCAGGAAUUUGUAGAAGCAAGGCGGACUGCUGCACUUAACAAUGCCCCUUCCUGUAUGUGGUCUCCAGUACCACCUCUUGAGUUAAAAGGCGUGAAUGCUGAUGCACUUGAUGCAAAUGCUGGUUUUGUUACUUUUGUUGUUUUCCCUCGGCAUGUUGAGGGUAGAAAGCUAGACAAAACAGUUUGGAGUUUGUUAACCUUCCGUGCUUAUGUAAGCUACCACGUAAAGUGUUCUGAAGGAUUCAUGCACACCAGGAUGAGGCGUAGAGUUGAGUCUCUGAUCCAGGCUUUGGACCGUGCUAAAUCCGAUGCAGAGAAGCUGAAGAAGUUGGUACAUGGCGGGUCUUUUAGGAGACUGAGCAUGAAGCACGAAGGCAACUCUAAUCGGUGAAGGAAGACUCAGACAAGCAAAUAUAUGAAGGUUUUGCUCAACUUUCCAUCAUGGGUGCUACUGGUAGAACACUUAUUUUAACUUCCGGUAAGAUUUGGGUGGCAGCCGUUGAAACAACAUGAGCACCCUACUGUGGCCCGUCGCUUGUUUGUUUGUUUGUUCCGGGAGGAUACUGUAUUUAUGGUCGAAAUUUGACUUGAGGAAUAGGUGAGAUUUAAUUGGUCUUUGUAAAUUUCGAUGCAUAUGUCCUGACGCUAUUUUGCACAUAGUUUUCCACAAGAAAAAUAAAUUAGAGUAUGCA